GAGAGAAUGUGCUGAGAACACGCUACCAGUGUCACAUUUUGCAGCAAGGGUAUCUUGCCCUUCACACCUCAUCUGCAUCCACCGAAAGUUCAGAAUGUAAUAGGCUUCUCUCCGCACCGUUCAGUGUUAAAGCUCCAUCUCUCAUCUCUUCAAUCACUCGGUUCGACUAUGGGCACCGCGGUGGUAACCGCAAGUGAAGACAUGGGUUCUAAGUGCAUGUUACACUCCUCGGAGGAAUGCAGCCCGACGUUAUUCCAAAACAGCACUUUCCCAAACAUCUCUUCCUUUUGGGAAAACAACACCGACUUCUUUGACUUUCACAGGGAGGACACCGUGGGCACACUAAUCCAAAUCAUCAUCACCGCUGUCUACUCAGUGGUUUUUGUAGUGGGUUUAGUGGGCAACUGUCUGGUUAUGUACAUGAUCAUCAGACACACCAAGAUGAAGACUGCCACAAAUAUCUACAUUUUCAAUCUUGCUGCAGCAGAUGCUCUUACCACAAGCACAAUGCCAUUCCAGAGUGCUUACUAUUUAAUGGGAUCAUGGCCUUUUGGCGAUGUGCUGUGUAAAAUAGUAGCCUCCAUUGAUUAUUACAACAUGUUCACAAGCAUCUUCACGUUAACCAUGAUGAGUAUUGAUCGAUAUAUAGCUGUGUGCCAUCCAGUGAAGGCAUUAGAUUUCCGCACUCCUUUAAAUGCCAAAAUAGUAAAUGUUUGCAUCUGGCUCAUUGCCUCUGUUAUUGGUGUACCCGUUAUAGUGCUGGGGACCACAAAGAUAAGUAAUGAUGGCAUUGAAUGUGCAUUGCAGUUUCCAAAUCACUACAAUUACUGGGACGCAGUACUGAAAAUCUGCGUGUUCAUCUUUGGCUUUGUCAUACCAAUUUUCAUCAUCUCUGUAUGCUACAGCUUGAUGAUCAUGCGUCUGAAGAGUGUGAGACUGCUAUCUGGCUCCAGAGACAAAGAUAGGAAUCUGCGCCGAAUCACACGGAUGGUUCUCAUUAUUGUUGCAGUUUUCAUCAUCUGCUGGACUCCCAUUCAUAUUUUCCUGUUGGUCGAUUCUGUGGUAAAUGUGCCAAACACUUCAGCAGUAUCUGCCGGCUAUUAUUUUUCGGUUGCACUUGGAUACACCAACAGCAGUCUCAACCCCAUUCUCUAUGCUUUUCUUGAUGAAAAUUUUAAAAGAUGCUUCAAAGACUUUUGUUGUUCUUCAGGGCUGAAGUUGGAAUUGCAGACCAGUGGCAGAGUAAGGAUCGCCACGCAGAAUGCCGCAAAGUUUUGUGAUGACAUAGGGAACUCCAACCAAGAGGUAUGACUAGGAGUGGAAAUGUCAUCUUUCUCGCCAGGAGUUCGUGAUGACUUCCAAAGUAUAGCACUGACUCAAAUUACUUCUGCAGUUUAGUUUUUGGGUGGAUGUGGCCGUUCGGUAGUAUGUAAUAGUUUUUGGUGGAUGCGGAGCGUAUGUUUCCACUAAACAGCACUGUUUGAAAAUGAAGGGUGGCCCUUAAGACAGGCAGUUUGAAAAUGAGGGGUGGCCCUUAAGAC